AUGGCACGAAAGAAUAUUGAAGAUGUUGAUUUGUAUGCUUUAUUGGAUCUUACUAUUACAGCCACCGAAUCAGAGAUUAAAAAGGCAUAUCGAAAAAAAGCAUUACAAUGCCACCCUGAUAAAAAUCCCGACGAUCCUAAAGCUGCAGAAACAUUUCACGAACUAUCCCGAGCUCUAGAAAUCUUAACAGAUGUAUCUGCACGGGCUGCAUAUGACAAAGUACUUAGAGCAAAAGAAGCGGCUAAACUGCGGCAUCAACAGUUAGAUACUAAGAGACAGAAGUUGAAAGAAGAUUUAGAAAGGCGAGAAAAAGAAGCUGAGGCUGGAAAAAGUUCAAGUAAUUUAACAGAUGCACAAAAAUUAGCUGCAGAAAUUGAACGACUGCAAAAAGAGGGUAGUCGGCUUUUGCAAGAAGAACAACUAAGGAUGAAAGAAGAAAUAAAAAGAAAAAUGAACCUAAUUUCUGAUCCAGUAUGGGACUCUAGUCUUAAUAGAAUUAAAAUUAAGUGGACAGUAAAUAAAAGUGAUCCUAGUAGUAGUGACUAUGAUGAAGCUACUUUAAGAAGGUUUCUUAAAAAAUAUGGUGAAAUUGUUGCACUAGUAAUGUCUCCAAAAAAGAAAGGUAGUGCAUUAGUUGAGUUUGCAAGUAAAGAAGCUUCCGAAAUGGCAUUUGAAUUUGAAAAAGGUUUACCACACAAUCCAUUAGAAUUAAAAUGGCUCAAUGAACGACAAGUAUUUACAACUAAGAAACAUAUUUCUGAUGGGCCAUCAGUAAUAUCAGAUAGAGAUUAUGAAUCUAUAGUUUUGACAAAAAUGAGACAGGCGGCAGAAAGGCAAAGAUUAAUAGAAGAAAUGAUGAAAGCUGAUGAAUCAUAG